AUGUCCACCAAGGUCAGGAAGUGCAAGGAGCAAGCGAGGGUGACCUUCCCCGCUCCGGAGGAGGAGGAGGAAGAGGGCGAGGACGAAGGCGCGGAGCCGCAGCGUCGUCGCCGGGGCUGGAGAGGCGUCAACGGGGGGCUGGAGCCGCGCUCGGCGCCCUUGCGGCGCGAGCCGCACGGCUUCUGCCCGCCGCCCUUCUCCCCCGGGCCGGACCUGUCCAUGGAGGGAAGCCCAUCCCUGAGGCGCAUGACGGUGAUGCGGGAGAAAGGCCGGCGCCAGGCCGUGCGGGGCCCGGCCUUCAUGUUCAACGACCGCGGCACCAGCCUCACGGCCGAGGAGGAGCGCUUCCUCGACGCAGCCGAGUAUGGCAACAUCCCGGUGGUGCGCAAGAUGCUGGAGGAGUCCAAGACGCUGAACGUCAACUGCGUGGACUACAUGGGCCAGAACGCGCUGCAGCUGGCCGUGGGAAACGAGCACCUGGAGGUGACCGAGCUGCUACUCAAGAAGGAGAACCUGGCGCGCAUCGGCGACGCCCUGCUGCUCGCCAUCAGCAAGGGCUACGUGCGCAUCGUAGAGGCCAUCCUCAACCACCCCGGCUUCGCGGCCAGCAAGCGCCUGACGCUGAGCCCCUGCGAGCAGGAGCUGCAGGACGACGACUUCUACGCGUACGACGAGGACGGCACGCGCUUCUCGCCCGACAUCACGCCCAUCAUCCUGGCGGCGCACUGCCAGAAGUACGAGGUGGUGCACAUGCUGCUGCUCAAGGGCGCCAGGAUCGAGCGGCCGCACGAUUACUUCUGCAAGUGCGGGGACUGCACCGAGAAGCAGAGGCAUGACUCCUUCAGCCACUCGCGCUCGAGGAUCAACGCCUACAAGGGGCUGGCCAGCCCGGCCUACCUGUCCUUGUCCAGCGAGGACCCGGUGCUCACGGCCCUGGAGCUCAGCAACGAGCUGGCCAAACUGGCCAACAUCGAGAAGGAGUUCAAGAAUGACUACCGGAAGCUCUCCAUGCAAUGCAAAGACUUUGUGGUGGGCGUGCUGGAUCUCUGCCGAGACUCAGAAGAGGUCGAAGCCAUUCUGAAUGGAGAUCUGGAAUCGGCAGAACCUCUGGAGGUGCACAGGCAUAAAGCUUCAUUGAGUCGUGUCAAACUUGCCAUUAAGUAUGAAGUCAAAAAGUUUGUGGCUCACCCCAACUGCCAGCAGCAGCUUCUGACCAUCUGGUAUGAGAACCUGUCGGGCCUGCGGGAGCAGACCGUGGCCAUCAAGUGUCUGGUUGUGCUGGUUGUAGCCUUGGGCCUCCCGUUCCUCGCCAUCGGCUACUGGAUCGCACCUUGCAGCAGGCUGGGGAAAAUUCUGCGAAGCCCUUUUAUGAAGUUUGUGGCACAUGCUGCUUCUUUCAUCAUCUUCCUGGGCCUGCUUGUGUUCAAUGCCUCAGACAGGUUUGAAGGCAUCACCACGCUGCCAAAUAUCACCGUCAUUGACUACCCCAAACAGAUCUUCAGGGUGAAAACCACCCAGUUCACAUGGACUGAAAUGCUCAUUAUGGUCUGGGUUCUUGGGAUGAUGUGGUCUGAGUGCAAAGAGCUGUGGCUGGAAGGACCGAGGGAGUACAUUUUGCAGUUGUGGAAUGUGCUCGACUUUGGGAUGCUCUCCAUCUUCAUUGCUGCAUUCACGGCCAGGUUUCUAGCUUUCCUUCAGGCGACAAAAGCACAGCAGUAUGUGGACAGCUACGUCCAGGAGAGCGACCUCAGUGAAGUUACCCUCCCGCCAGAGAUACAGUAUUUCACCUAUGCUAGAGAUAAAUGGCUCCCUUCUGACCCUCAGAUCAUUUCUGAAGGCCUUUAUGCCAUAGCUGUUGUGCUCAGCUUCUCUCGGAUCGCAUACAUCCUCCCUGCAAAUGAGAGCUUUGGCCCCUUACAGAUCUCUCUCGGAAGGACUGUAAAGGACAUAUUCAAGUUCAUGGUCCUCUUUAUUAUGGUGUUUCUGGCUUUUAUGAUUGGCAUGUUCAUACUUUAUUCUUACUACCUGGGGGCUAAAGUAAAUCCUGCUUUUACCACUGUGGAAGAAAGUUUUAAGACGUUGUUUUGGUCAAUAUUUGGGUUGUCUGAAGUGACUUCUGUUGUGCUCAAAUACGAUCACAAAUUCAUAGAGAAUAUCGGAUAUGUUCUUUAUGGAAUAUACAAUGUAACUAUGGUGGUUGUUUUACUCAACAUGCUAAUUGCUAUGAUUAAUAGCUCCUAUCAAGAAAUUGAGGAUGACAGUGACGUAGAAUGGAAGUUUGCCCGUUCAAAACUUUGGUUGUCUUAUUUUGAUGAUGGGAAAACAUUACCUCCACCUUUCAGUCUAGUUCCUAGUCCAAAAUCAUUUGUUUAUUUCAUCAUGCGAAUCAUUAACUUUUCUAAAUGCAGAAGGAGAAGGCUACAGAAGGAUCUAGAAAUGGGAAUCGGUAACUCCAAAUCCAGGUUAAACCUCUUCACUCAGUCUAACUCAAGAGUUUUUGAAUCACACAGUUUUAACAGCAUUCUCAACCAGCCAACACGUUAUCAGCAGAUAAUGAAAAGACUUAUAAAACGAUAUGUUUUGAAAGCACAAGUAGACAAAGAAAAUGAUGAAGUUAAUGAAGGUGAAUUGAAAGAAAUCAAGCAAGAUAUCUCCAGCCUGCGUUAUGAACUUUUGGAAGACAAGAGCCAAGCAACUGAGGAAUUAGCCAUUCUCAUUCAUAAACUCAGUGAGAAACUGAAUCCCAGCAUGCUGAGAUGUGAAUGAUGUACCCACCUGGAAUCAUGGCUUUGACUAUAGCACAAAUGUUGGCAAUAAUAUUUCUAAGUAUGAAAUACUUGAAAAAUG